GCUCAGCAAAUCCUUUCAGAGAAAUAUCUGAAUUAAAAGACAACAGGUAGGGGACGCAGUGAAGACAGAGGAAGGCAGGAGGGCCAAUAGCCUGGGACAAGGGAAUCGGAACAAUCUGGCCCGUGUUUGCCGAGGAUAAUGCGCCUUUCCAAAGCCCUCAUAGACAUGGAGAUGGCAGAUUAUAGCGCAGCGCUAGACCCGGCAUACACCACCCUGGAGUUUGAGAACAUGCAGGUGCUGGCUAUGGGCAAUGACACGUCUCCGUCAGAAGCAGCCAGCCUCAACACUUCCAGCAGCAUUGGGGUGAGCACGCUGUGUGCCAUCUGCGGGGACCGCGCCACGGGGAAGCACUACGGGGCUUCCAGCUGCGAUGGCUGCAAAGGCUUCUUCAGGAGGAGCGUCCGGAAGAACCACAUGUACUCCUGCAGGUUUAACAGGCAGUGUGUGGUAGACAAAGACAAAAGAAACCAGUGCCGGUACUGCAGGCUCAAGAAGUGCUUCCGAGCAGGAAUGAAGAAGGAAGCUGUACAAAAUGAACGGGACCGAAUCAGCACCCGCAGAUCAAGUUACGAGGACAGCAGCUUGCCCUCCAUCAAUGCCCUCCUGCACGCAGAAGCCCUGGCACAGCAGAUAUCAUCCCCGGUUCCUGUGCUCAACGGAGACAUCCGAGGGAAGAAGAUUGCCAAUAUUUCUGACGUGUGUGAGUCCAUGAAGCAGCAGCUGCUGGUGUUGGUGGAGUGGGCCAAGUACAUCCCCCCGUUCUGUGAGCUGCCCCUGGAUGACCAGGUAGCACUGCUACGUGCACACGCAGGGGAGCAUCUGUUACUGGGAGCUGCCAAGAGGUCCAUGGUGUUCAAGGAUGUCUUGCUGCUAGGAAAUGAUCACAUCAUCCCGCGGAACUGCCCCGAGCUGGUGGAGGUGAAUCGUGUGGCCAUCCGCAUCCUGGACGAGCUGGUCCUGCCCUUCCAGGAGCUGCAGAUAGAUGACAAUGAAUAUGCCUGCUUGAAAGCCAUCAUCUUCUUUGACCCAGAUGCCAAGGGACUGAGCGACCCGUCCAAGAUCAAGCGGAUGCGGUACCAGGUGCAGGUGAGCCUGGAGGAUUACAUCAACGACCGGCAGUACGACUCGCGGGGCCGCUUCGGGGAGCUGCUGCUGCUGCUGCCCGUGCUGCAGAGCAUCACCUGGCAGAUGAUAGAACAGAUCCAGUUCGUCAAGCUCUUUGGCAUGGCUAAGAUUGACAACCUGCUGCAGGAGAUGCUGCUGGGAGGCUCAUCAAGUGAAACGCCGCACACCCACCACCCCCUGCACCCCCAUCUGAUCCAGGAGAACCUGGGAACAAACGUCAUUGUGGCCAACACAAUGCCUCCUCAGAUGCACAACGGGCAGAUGUCUACUCCAGAAACUCCACAGCCUUCUCCACCCGCGGGCUCAGGAUCAGAGCAGUACAAGCUGCUGCCUGGAGCCAUUGCAACCGUGGCAAAGCAGCCCACGUCCAUCCCACAGCCUGCCAUCACAAAACAGGAGGUCAUCUAGCAACCCCCACAGCAGCCAGCCUCCUUAGGAACACCGUGUGGGAGAGAAGCCCGAACUGACUCUGCCACUGUGAAAAGAGAAGCCAUCCAGAGGUCCCUGGGCACAAACAUUCGUUUGUUGGACCGGCCACCACCAGCUGUCUUCCUGCAGCUCCGGACAGCACGUGCCAUGGGCAGCCCCAGAGUCCCAGAACUAAGGCUGAAGCCAAAACCCUCAGUCCUUGUAAGGAGGGCCAGAUUCCUGCCUCCCUCUGUGGGGAAGUGACAGUGCCUGGCUGGGGACAGGCUGUUGCCCCACUGCCACCUCAGCAUUGGUUCAGCAGACCCUGUGAACAAGCAAUUCCCUGUGCCGUGGGAGUGCAGGGUUUCCCUCCCAUGGCCAUGCCAGCCCCCUGACAGUCCCCAGUCCAGCCAGACUUGGUGGAGGUGGAAGCUCCCCCAGGAGCAUCACAGCAGGUGAAGCACAUGGGGUUUGCCCAGGCAGCACUGCCAGAACUGCUCCUCAGCCUCGGCUAGUCCCUGGUCUUUGCGUGGUGUCACCCUCCAGCACUCUAAGCCCCCCAGCCAGAUCUAACAAAUCUUUUCAGCUGAUGCUGGGGCAAAGUCUGGCCCAGACAAAGAUACCCCACUGUUUGUAUCCCUCUGCCUCUUGAGGGGUGUUGGUGUUUCUGUUCUGUGCCUGCCCUCUCACCACAAUGCUUGGAGAGCAAGCACUGCCAAGCCCUUCCCUUGCACCGCUCACUGCCUCCUGGGAAUCUGAGGGACCAUGGGACUCCAGAGAUUUCAGCUAAUGGGAUGGGCUCACCCCUUUACAGGCUGGCAGCAACUGCCCAAAAUAUCACUGGCCCAACUAGUGCUUCUCAGCAGUCAGAAGAAGACCACUGGAUGCCUAUUGGGAAGGAAGUGGGGGAAAGAGGUAGGAAGGGGAGAGACCUAUGGGUUGAGAAGGUUGAGCGUCACAGAUUGGACAAGGUCUUGGGCUUUCUAAGUGCUGGGAGCAUUGGGAUGCAGGAUCUCAAUUCAGACACAACUUUAAUGCUAAGAUAUGCCACACAAUCUACUUCUCCAAUGCAGUGCCACUCCUUCAGCCUCAGCUCCUUCAGUGGGUGGCUGAUAACAGAUUUAUAGGUCUUUAUAACAUGAUAAGAAUUGAUUAUGACUCCUUCAGACCUCCAAGUGUUCAAGAGCACCAACCUCAAAAAUAAAAUUUUCUUUGAGUCCUGCAGAGAAAUGUGACAGAGGUCAAGCAAUAACCCUGUCUCACCCAAACCCCUUGGGUCUGCCCACCCUGCUCUGCUCCCUCAUGCCCCUGCCCCUGUCCCUCUGUGCCUGCCUGUGCCAAAACCUGUGGAUGUGACCUUUGGUUUACAGCUGAAACCAGGAAAGGAGCUCUCCUGCAGCCAGCAGUGCCAGCAGGGCUGAGCUCCCAGAGCCCUGCACCACUGCAGGCCUGAGUCAUUGCUGGCCUCUUGGGAGGAUGAGGAUGGUGGCCCACGGCUGCCAGGAGGUCUCUGGUGGGGACAAAUCUGAGCCAGCUCAGCCAGAGGAGCUGCAGCUCCGUCCCUUGAUUUCCAAUGCAAAAAUGAAACACCUCAUGCUGGCGGUGUCAGAGGUAUUGUAGGGUCUCAGUGCUGGUGGCAUCGUACUAAGUAACUUAUUGCAAUGAUGAAUCCAAUCAUUUCCUGUAAAUUAUUUUGUAAAUCACAUUGAUUAUUUAUAAUUGGGAGAUUAAAUGCAAAAAAAAACCCAACCCUGUAAUAACCAGGCUGUCUUUUCCAACUGCAGCAAACUUUUUUCUUGUAUGUAGACAUACUUUGUGGGGAAUCCUUUUUGGUCCAUUUGCACCAAGUAUUCCUCGAUAUUGUACAUUAAUUUUUGCUGGUUUCUGCCUUCCAAUGGAAACAGAAGA